GCCAGGCCCCGCCCGGGGUCUCCCUCAGCCUCCGGACUUUGGGCGAGCCGCGUCCUCUGAGGGUGGGCCCCGCCCCCUUGUGACUGCCAGUCCAGGAAUCGGCGGCGCUGAAACCAUUUCCGGUUUCGGGGAGUGCUGCUGAGACGAUGCGGCCGGGGCCCGCAGGCUGCUGCUGCCGACGCCCGGUGCGGGCAAACGGCUGCGUGGCGAAUGGGGAAUUGCGGAACGGGUACGUGAGGAGCGGCGCCGAUGUCGCCGCCGCCGCCGCCGGCCAGAUCCAUCAUGUUACAGAAAAUGGGGGACUUUAUAAAAGACCAUUUAAUGAAGCUUUUGAAGAAACACCCAUGCUGGUUGCUGUGCUCACAUAUGUGGGGUACGGUGUCCUCACCCUCUUUGGAUAUCUUCGAGAUUUCUUGAGGCACUGGAGAAUUGAAAAAUGUCACCAUGCAACAGAAAGAGAAGAACAAAAGGACUUUGUGUCAUUGUAUCAGGAUUUUGAAAACUUCUAUACAAGGAACCUUUACAUGAGAGUAAGGGACAACUGGAAUCGGCCGAUCUGUAGUGUACCUGGAGCCAGAGUGGACAUCCUGGAGAGACAAUCUCAUGAUUAUAACUGGUCAUUCAAGUACACAGGGAAUAUAAUUAAAGGUGUUAUAAACAUGGGUUCCUACAAUUAUCUUGGAUUUGCACGGAACACUGGCUCAUGUCAAGAGGCAGCUGCCAAAGUUCUAGAGAAGUAUGGAGUUGGAGUUUGCAGCACUCGGCAGGAAAUUGGCAACCUGGACAAGCAUGAAGAACUAGAGAAGCUUGUAGCAAGGUUCUUGGGAGUAGAAGCUGCUAUGGCAUAUGGCAUGGGAUUUGCAACAAAUUCAAUGAACAUUCCUGCUCUUGUCGGCAAAGGUUGCCUUAUUCUGAGUGAUGAGCUGAACCACGCAUCACUGGUUCUAGGAGCCAGACUGUCAGGAGCUACUAUUCGAAUCUUCAAACACAACAAUAUGCAAAGCUUAGAGAAACUGUUGAAAGAUGCCAUUGUUUAUGGUCAGCCUCGGACACGAAGGCCCUGGAAGAAAAUUCUAAUCCUCGUGGAAGGAAUAUAUAGUAUGGAGGGGUCUAUUGUUCGCCUUCCUGAAGUGAUUGCCCUCAAGAAGAAAUACAAGGCGUACCUGUAUCUGGAUGAGGCUCACAGCAUCGGGGCCCUUGGCCCUACAGGUCGAGGUGUGGUAGAGUACUUUGGCCUGGAUCCUGAGGAUGUAGAUGUUAUGAUGGGAACGUUCACAAAGAGCUUUGGUGCUGCUGGAGGAUACAUUGGAGGCAAAAAGGAGCUGAUAGACUAUCUGCGCACACACUCUCACAGUGCAGUGUAUGCCACAUCCCUGUCGCCGCCUGUGGUGGAGCAGGUUAUCACCUCUAUGACAUGCAUCAUGGGGGAGGAUGGCACCAGCCUUGGCAAAGAAUGUGUGCAGCAGUUAGCUGAAAAUACGAGGUAUUUCAGGAGACGCCUGAAGGAAAUGGGCUUCAUUAUUUAUGGAAAUGAAGAUUCGCCGGUGGUGCCUUUGAUGGUCUACAUGCCAGCCAAAAUUGGGGCCUUUGGGCGAGAGAUGCUGAGGCGGAACAUUGGUGUAGUUGUGGUAGGAUUUCCUGCUACCCCGAUUAUUGAGUCUAGAGCCAGGUUUUGCUUGUCAGCAGCUCAUACCAAAGAAAUACUUGACACGGCGCUAAAGGAAAUAGAUGAAGUUGGAGACUUACUGCACCUGAAGUACUCCCGUCAUCGAUUGGUGCCUCUGUUGGACAGGCCUUUCGACGAGACAACUUACGAAGAAACAGAAGACUGAGCCUUUCUGGUGCUCCCUUGGAGGAAGUCCCCCUCCUCCAGGACAGUGUGUGGCCUCUCUGAGCCAGUUCCAAGAACCACACUUCAGUGACCAUCUCUCAUCAAAGGCAUUUCCUCAACUACUGAAGGUGGCCACGUGUACUCUAAAUGACAUUUUGUAAAUAGUCAAAAACUGCUUCACAUCCUUCAUUUGCUACAUCUUAGCUUUUAAAAAAAGAAGUGACUCACUUUGCCUGUAAAAGGCAUUUUAUUUUAUACCUGUCCUACUUGUGAAAUCCCACUGACCCUACCUUACCUGGCUAACCCCAUAGAUAGGCAUUGCCAUCUCUGGCCACGGAGGGCUUGGCUCCGUCAGGAGGUCCUGCUGCCCCUUGGCUGUCCAGCCUUGAGACUCACCGACCUCCUUCCUGGGGAGCACGUGCCUUCCACUCACCUCCAGCCAGGUCUCAGAGGUCACCCACCCAGCAGCCCUUAGUUAACCAAUCAUGUAAUUAACUAACGUGUUCUCUCUAGUCUUCAGUUUGGCCUUUUAAGAAAAAACAGUUAACAGUACUAUGCGGGUCAUGUGUAACUCCUCCUGGCCAGGGGUCUCUCAGACUUCGGUCUUACUCCAUAUUUUUGUUCUGGUCACCAGAUGAUUUCUUCCUUUCCUAUCAAAUAUGUCUUCCUGUGGUCACAAUCUGAGGGCACGUCCAGAUUUCAGGUUCUUCCCAAGCUGUAUUCCUAGUGCUUCUGACCUCAUAGUUGAAACACUCAGCAUUUCAGAAGCACCUGCAUCCCACCAGGGUCAGACAUCAAUGGUGAAAACAAUUCGUUUUUCCUGUUUUGUGUAUAAAGCUGCUCUAUAAGUGAUGGGCAUUCCUGGUGGGAUGAGAGAGGCGGGGGCAGUGUGGAAAGAACUGAUGAUUUGCAGAAUGUCUGAUCAUGUUUGUUUCUACUUUUCAAAAAUUAGAAAAGCUUCUGGCUGGAUUUGGGUGCAGACUGAAAUUCAGACUGAUGAAAGAAAGUAUUGGUUAGUCCUCUGCUCAGAAAUGAUUUAUCAUGUUCCUAUUUCAGGAUUAAAUUGAUUUAGUCCUUUGAGAAGUUGGUGCACGGACCCCUUUCUGAAUACCAAACCUUCUUUUCCUGAUACCCUAACACAAUCUUGACCUGGUACAGGGGCUGAAGUCUCCCUGUGCUUCCAUUAUGUGAUUUUUUCCCUGAGAAAUUCUGAUUACAUUUCUUUUUCCUCAAGUAGAAUAUAUUCUAUUUUGACUCUGUUUUAAUACUGUAACCAGGUAAGGAGAUUUUUUUCAGAGAGCUUUAUACUGCUUGACCAAAGAACACACUGAAAAUCACCACUUUGAAGUUGUUACUUUUUCUUUUGACCAAAGCUUAAGUAAAGAGAACUUUUGGCCUUAUUGUACCCAAGAUUAGCUUGUGUUUAAUUGGCCAUCAAGUAUUACAGGGAAGGAUUGGGAACAGAAUGAAAAAAACAAUGUAUAAAAAUACUUUUUCGGGCUGGGGAUUUAGCUCAGUGGCAUAAGCACCUGCUUUGCAAGCAGGCGGUCGUGAGUUCGAUCCCUGGUACCGAUAAAAAGUUUAAAAAAAAAAAAAAGUAAAAAAAAAACUUUUUCACUUUUCUGUUUUUGAAAAUGCACCUUUUUAUUAGUAAAAGAUUCCCAGUCCACAUUCUCCUAGGCAUCCUGUCAUCAGCUAUGAAAUAUUUGUGCAAAUACAUGUUGUGGAGGAUGUAGGCAAUAUUGUUUGUGAAAUUUUGUUUCCAUGUCCUGCAGAUAAAAGUUGUCUUUGGUCACUCUCAGCAUCUGAGAGUUUUAAGUCCUUGAGAUGUUCCAAGGUUUUAUAUCACUUUUUUAAAGAGCAUAAAAGGGUGAGUAAAAGAACCAAGGAAAGAUACAGGGAUCAUAUUUAGCAUGUACAUGUUAAAGUAAAUAGGUUGUGGUAAUUAAGUAACUAGUCCUGUACAGUAAAAUCCAUUGCUGACACUCCCAUGUGUCUACCCCCCACUGUAGAAUCCCACUGGAGUACCAGGUAGCUUUUGCAGUACAGUUACUCUUUAGCAGUGUAGAUACAGGCUUGCAAAAGUCACAGAUUUUAAGCAGUGAACUUACCUGCUACUUUUUUUAACUUGCAUGAAGUCACUCCAAAUUAAAAUGUCACUUAGUGUGGAGAUACAGAUCUAUAUAUAUCUAUAGAUAACUAUAGAUAUAUAUCUAGAGAGAGAGAGGAGAAAUAAUUUCAUUGUGCAAAGUUAUUUCAGGAUCAGUGCAAUUAAGUUACAAGUUUAUUUUGAAGGGACAAAACUCCUGUGACCAUCCAGGACCUCUGAACACUACAGAGGAGAAAACAUUAGAUACACAGUAUGAUUGUCUCUUCUUGAAACUGUAAUAUAAAUCUGAGUCCAGUCAUAUCACAGGCAUCAUUAAGUUCUGAGGGAAAUACAACCACACGAAUAAAUCAUUGAGAAUGAGUAGAAAUCUGAGAUAUAAAAACACUAUUUAGAUUCUAGAAUCUGAUGGGAUUUAAACAUGUGUCAGUUAAUCAUUAUUGCCAAAAUUGAUAAUCGGAGUGAAUCAGUACAGGUGUGACUAAUUCUCAUCACUUUUUCCUCACUUUUUAAAUUCAGCAUUGCUUUUAUUAAUAAGGCCUUUUCCUGCAGAUCACAUCAAUAAAUGCAUAGCUAGGAGACAUCGAAGCCCCAUAACAAAGAAUGGAUCAAAUGGCUGUUGCAUUUCUCCUUCAGUCUUUGAAACUUUAAUUUAGCAGUACAGAGAUUUGGGGGUACUUUAAAACUUUUUUUCUUUGCUUUAGUUUGUUUGUGUUUGGUGCUGGGAAUUGAACUCAGGACCUUUUGUUUGCCAGACACUGUGCCAUUGAGUUAUACUUCCGGCCCUGAUUUUUUUUAAAAUUCCCUUCAUAAAAAGAUUGUAGUCUCCAGAACCCUCAGUGCUGCUUGUUUGAGGAGUCCUGCCUGCUAUCGCUUUAAUCACUUUAAUCACUGUCUGAAAUGCUCAUGGGAGGGGAGGGCCUUAGAUGGUCAGAAGAGGUCUCGUCUUACGUAAUCAGAAGUGAACAGGAGCAUCCCACACCCAUGCUGAGGGCUCUGGUUUUGCCCCAUGGCUCUUGCAGUUGCCAAGGAACUUUUCCCCAUGAUUUUUCUCUAGAAUCCAUCUCUUCUUUGGUUGCCCUUCUUUCUUUUAUCUUCUAGUUACUGAGUUUCAAAGUUCAGCUCCAGAGAAAACUGAUGUAUGGUCAUGCUGGCCUUAAGGAUCAGUAGUUAGGUGUCCUGGUCUCUGUCCAUUCAGCCUUACAUUUCAGGAGAAGACAGGGAACAGUAUUUCUUCCCUACCUAAUUGAGGAGCCUGUAUCUAAGCUUCUCACAACUGAUACAGUUUAGCUAAUUUCUAGUCAGUGAUGCACUUUGCUUCCCACCUGUUAGUGAAAACCAGGAGGCACAGACAGUGGCUCAGUUGGAAACGUUUCCUGACUUCUUGGGGAACGGAUUAAAAUGCUGGGCUCUGCCACUACCUUCCUGUUUUUUUCUUCCAAAUCUGUGAAGAUGUCUGGUCCCCACUGUUACUGAGUUGAGGUGUUAAUGUAGAACUGCUGGUCACGCCACGGCAGUGGAGAAAGAGAAUCUGGGAAAUUUUUCUGUGUAUGCAUUUGUGACAGUGUGGCAGAAGCACCUAGGAAAGACUAAAUGCAAUUGUUGUGUAAAGAAUUACUAUGUCGGACAUAGUGGUGCACACCUAUAAUCUCAGCACUCGGGAGACUGAGGCAGGAGGGUUGGUGCAAAUACAAAGCAAAUACAUCCUGGAUGACAAAGUGAGUUCAAGGACAUCUUGAACUGCAAAGUGAAACCCUGUCUCAAAAAGACGUUUAUAAAAAAUGAUUGCACCUGAUUCCCAGGGUGCCUUUCCUCUCUGGAUGUUUUCUAGGUUAGCCGCAACUGGCUUAAUCUGAAUUUGCUCCCACUUGGUUAGAAAAAGAGGGCGAACAGUGGCUUUCCUUUUCUAACUGCCUCCACUCAUGAAGAUGAGAAUCGUGUCGUGUUUUACACAGGUAAAAGCCCAGAGCGGCUGGAGGUGAGAAGCAGAAAAAUCAAAGAUUUUUUCUUGCUGCUUAGCCUAGAAUCUAUAAAAUUUUUCUCAAGCCCUAGAAUCUAUAGGUGUAUGAUUUCCUGCUUACCGUGGAAGCCCCCGGUGCCCAGCAGGCAUUUUAAUCCAUUCAGGCGGUGAAUCAGAAUACCUUCCACUUGGAGAAAGCAUUCCUCUUCCUUUUCUCUGCUUCACCUGCAUGAAAUGCAUGCUCGGGCUCCAAGCCAGUUGCCACAGGUCCAGCCAGGUGGCCCAAGUAGAGGGCUAGUGUCCUCCUUUACCACAGAGAAGAAACCAAGACUAGCCAGUGACCCCUGGCUUUACUUGUGUACAAAACGCUGUUGUUCCUUUUGUGAUUUCCAGUGACUUGUUCUCCAAGCACCUGUUAGCUGUAGAUUUUAGUUUUCUGGGAAAGAAGUGAAAGGGGCUCACUUACGCCCCUCAUGGAAAUGCUUCAUCUACUCUGAUGCAUCUGGGUAUUGCACAUUCAUAGUCCACCCUUGCAAGUGGCUUAGGGGGAGCCGUGGACAAGGUCUUGUUUACUGUACAGUACACAUGACAAAUGGCCUUAUGCUGUCAUUCUUUCUGGUAUGAUGAGUUGUCAUAAACUGACCCUAAGGAAUACAGUGGUUCUUACGCUGCAGUUACUGUGUCCUGCAUGAAGCAAAACCCAAAGCUCUGUUCUUCCAGAGCAGUGCUGGGAGGUUGGGAGGCUGGUAUGCUUUCUGUCUGUUUUAUUGCCAUCUGUAUGAAGAGGUGAAUCUCCAUGCACGAGGAGACUUGAGCCAACUCUAAGUCUGCUUUUGCCAACACAGUUCCCAGGCUUUUUGUGCAGAGCUUGGUUGCUUGGCCUCAGCUGGUGAUGGGGAGCCCUGUAGAGUUCUCAGUGAUAACAGGCUUGCCACCACUGGUCUAGGCCUUCCGAGAAGGUGGGAGAAUACCACUGGCUGGGGUGGGAUGACAUAACGGCCCAUCUUCACCCUUCACACCCAUACCUCAGGACUGUGUGGCCAGUAGCUGGAAUGACAAAAAGCUUCCUUGCUGGGGCUUCACAGAACACUGGAGACCCAGCCUGCAUCCUCACAGUCUUGAUGAUCCCUCUCUGUAUAAAGGCAGCUAACAGUAAGAGAAGGGGGAAAGAGCUGCCAGAGAGCAGAGCUUCUGGGAAAGCUGAGGUCUUGUCCUGUUCUGUUGGUCCAUGUUUUUCCACUGACCGAGUUAACCUGUAAACGACUUUGCAAGGUGUGCUGUGAUGUUAGCCCCUUCCAUUGCUGUAAUGUUACUGUAAUCUGGGAAAGAGAGUAAAGGGGAAAUGUAAAUAAAAUUUUUUUUAAAUUUUGAUAAUGUGUUAAAAUGUCACUGUGCAUUACCCUGCCUUCUUGCCAGAUGAUGUUUUGUUUGGUUUGGUUUUUGGUUUUUGGUUUUUUUAAUUGGAUGACUGAGAAGCUGCUGUGGAUUGGGGAUCAGUGUAUCAGUUUUGAGAAUAUGUUAUUAAACAACUAAAGGAGAACCGCUUAAGAUGAUCUGAGAAUCAUCUCAUGCAAAUAUAUUGAUUUUCCCUAAUAAAGCAUUCACAAAGAUA